UUAGGUAACAAUGGUAAAUGUUAAAUGUGAGUAAGAGAAAAAUAGUAUUUAGUGUGUGACCGAAAAUCAUGUGAAAAUAUAUCAUAAAAGUAAAUGGUAGAAGUAAUAGUAUGCAACUUCCAUAAAAGAAAUAUGAUACAAAUAAAAUAAAAUGAAGGACGUUUACAGAGUAUGUGGUUUGUAGUACUUUGUGUUUACUACCCCCACCUUGGUACUAAUUAUUAAAGAUGGUUAUGGGAUGUGCUACGUUCCAAACCCGCAUGCCUCGGGUCUAAACGACACACGCCCAGUGGUGAAACCACUAUGAGAUAAGGAUGGUCGGCCGACCAAAAUUUUUUUUAAAAACGUUUAAACCUUGUAUUUAUUAGAAAACAAGUUAAUGAUUAGGGAUUAGAUAAUUAAUAGAAUUAAGCAUGUGCGAUACACAGAUCAAUAAAGUAAAAUUACAAAGGAAAUUAAUGCAUAAUUUGUUACUUUUUUAUGGGGUAAAAGUAUUAACAACGGGAUUUUCCGUCGUAAAAGAACAAUUACGACGUGAUUUCGUCGCAAGCCCGGCCGUCGUGAAAAGGGGUCGUCAUAAUUGACUACCUCAUCUCAUGUAUCGAUCAUGUUGGUAAUUAGAUACCAUGUCGUAGAAUAUUUCAAUUAAAAGACUGGAUUUGAUUGGUUAGUGAGAUUGUUUUUUAUUUUUAUUUUUAUUUUUUUAGUUUUUGUAAUGUAGUUGACUCCUAGUAAAAUUUAUCUCUUAUUAUCUUUUACUAAUUAUUUAUUUAUCUAUUUGGACUCUUAGCAAAAUUUAUCUUUUAUUAUCUUUAACCAGUAGUUGACUAGUAUUAAAUUCGUCUCUUAUUAUCUUUUACUAAGUAUUUAUUUAUCUAUUGAUAUGUUAUUAUCUUUUACCGGGUCUUUAUUAUAUAUUUUUAUUUUAAUAAAUCUGAAGUAAUAUUAGUUAUAUGUAUACGAUGACAUGGAAAUCUUAUGUGGCGCUCCGAAUGCUCUCCAAAAAAAUAUUAGAUUUUAUCAACAUGCUGACACCCCGACUCAAAAUCCUGACACCGUCACUGCACACACCAAUAUCAAUUGUUUCGUGACUGGCUGUGUCGGGUAGAAAUUUUAAAAGGGCAAUUCAGGCACGAUCCAAGCCCACAUGUCAAGACGUGUCGUGCCUUCGUGCAUAAAUCUAAUUUACUCAAUUUAAUGUGUUUAGUCGUGUCGUAUUAUGCAUUCUUGUGCUUUUAAAAAAAAAUUAUGGUCCAAGCCUAACUUACAGAGUCACAGUACAUAGCUUUGUGCCCGUGUUGGGUCAUGCUUUUUGUAUUGGCCUAUGUUGUGCCUUGGGCCGGGCCGUCCAGUGGCAUCUUUAAUGGGUACUUGAGAUAUUUAGGUGGUUAUAGAUAGAAAAGAAGAAAAUGAAACGACAAAGGUCGGCAACAACAAGUACAUUAUACAUGACACUUCCUUGUUCCUACGCUAGUGUUGUAAAGAGAGAAGAAGUUGAGUGCAGUUAGCAAAUUAAAAAAGAGGCGUCUGAGUUGGGAAUUCCAUGAUUGUAGUCUAUUUUGAGGGAUGCUGGUAAAUUAAUUAGUGGAGGAGGGCGGAGGGCAUUUAAAUAUCAAUUCUUCAUCAUCAGUUCAGACAGUUGAGAAAAGAAACAAAAAGAGAGCAGUAGCAUAAUAUGAUCCAUAUGGAUGAGAAGCGGCGUAAGAGGAGGCGGCGGUGGUUGGUUGGGCUGUCAAUGGUAAUUGGAAUGGUGUUGCUACUAUCAAUAUUGGGUGGUACAGUGUUCAAAGCGAGGCGGCCUAUCACCACCGUAAACUCCGUCAGCCUCCGUGACAUGGACUUCUCCUUUGACGCCCUCCGUUUGAGAGUCCAUAUCAACAUCACCCUGGACGCUUCCAUCUCCGUUAAGAACCCUAACAAGGUUGGUCUCAAGUACACCGACAGCUCCGCCUUUUUAAAUUACAGGGGUGAGUUAGUUGGGCAGGCUCCUAUUCCUGCGGGACAGAUCUCAGCCGGACAGACAGUGCCCAUCAAUAUCAGUCUCACCAUAAUGGCAGAUCGAUUCCUGUCCAACUCACAGACUCUAAUUUCCGAUGUGGUUGCCGGAACGCUGCCGCUAUCAACACGGGCACGCAUCUCCGGGAAGGUGAAUGUAUUGUUCAUAAAGGUUCACGUGGUCUCUUAUGCGUCUUGCAAUCUCAACAUCUCCGUCUCCUCACAAUCAAUUUCAAAUUCCGACUGCACAUACAACACGCGUUUAUCCUAAAAAUCACACUUGUUUCUUUUGCUUUUGUUUCUGGUUGGGUAGUUGGGAUUAUGAAAUACCUAAAAUUAGUUGUAAUUAAUUGAUUGAUGAUUAGUCCAUUAAAAGACCAAUUUGGUGAUUAAAACAUGUUUCCUUGAGGAACCAAGCUUAUUAUACUCAUGUUUUCACUUCACCAUUUUGAUAUUAUUGAUUAUUAUCUUUGCUUGA